AUGCGUGUACAAAACCUAGACGAAAAGAAAGGUGACGAGGUUGUUUUUGUUGUAGCUGCGGCGGCAGUUAUGGCUAGCAGCAAAAGAGAGGUCGUCUUCCGGCACCAAAGAACGCAGGUGUGGCCCGAUCGGUUCGCGGCCGUGCAAGUGCACGUAAUGGAUUGGGACGAGAAGUACGCGGGCUGGGUUCCGUUGGAAGACGACAGCUUGGCCGAGAUCGUCAUCAAACAACGUGUCCACUACGACCGAUCGACGACAAUUGCAACAAGGUGCUUCAACAGCGGCAGUUCGCAGAGCAGCUGCGGGGGCGGUAACGUCAAUGCAGGACAGCCGAACGCUUCCAUCCCUUGCCACGUGUCACCGCGUUACGAGUACAUUUUGCACGGCGAGAGUCUUCGCGACCAUAAGGUGUUGUUCAGUGUCGAACUAUCGCGUGAAGCGAAUUUCAAGCAGAUCAUGCCGACUUUACAGUUCUGGCAGAUCGGCGAGUCGAAACUUGCGCUCAAGUUUCUGAACAGUCCUGACGCGGUCAGAUUCCGAAGCCGAAUCAUGAAGGCGAUCGAACAUCUUUGUCGGCAAAGCAAAUCUAGCUCGGGUGAAUCGAUAUUGGACAUUGAAGAACUGGACGACGACGUGUUCAUGCCCAUUGAUCUACCGUUGAACCAUAAUAAAAUGUCGGAGGUGCCUUGCCAUUACGCCACGACGUUAAAUUGCUGCCCUCAGACUUCGUCUGCACCAUCUUCGUGUGAUCGCGUCAAAUUUUUACUACCUCCGCGCUCCGCCAUCCAUCGGUUGAACUCGUACUCGCACAACAUGAAGACGCUGUUGUCGAAGUUAGUUCACCCGCGCUCAAAGUCUACUUCCAAAGAUGCCACCAUCUGUACCGCGACCUCGGCGGACGUCGUCUUCGACUACCGCAAGCACCACGCAGUCGAAGCACUUCACUCUCAACCUGACUCUGCUUCAGGUCAGUGCCACGGCAGGUCGUUUGCCAAUACCAGGCCACAGUCCUUGCCGCAACCGAAGCUUUUCUCUAUGAAGAACAGCAUGGCCCAAAUGAAUCACAAGCCAUCGUGCAGUUCGGUGGUCAAAACGCCUGGCGGCCUACAGCCCCUGCUGCUCACUCAACACCGCACUAAGUCCUCGCAGAACUCGUUACACGAGUUCGUCCGCAGGGAGCAGUGCUCAUACUGUAGAAACUUUUAUUCCGUAGACCAGAAUCACCGCGGUGCAUGUCCGUGCGCUCCCGACCGCCUGGACACCUUCAUCAGAAACGACAACGAAGCUGCCUGCUGUUUCUGCUGCAUGUGCGACAAGGAAGAAGUGCACUUGUUCCGUCUGACGUUGUUGACCGUGCUGUCGCUGAUUAUGCCAUGCCUAUGGUGCUAUCUGCCCCUGCGAGCUUGUCAUAAAUGCUAUCGCUGUCACGCCAGUCAUGGGGGCACUGCUUCGAAGAGUCGCCACAAGCCGAUUAUCGCUGAAUCGCACGUGGAAAAGCCUACCGCCGCUGGGCGACGGGGCGCAGCAUCAGAUUCUUGCCUCUGA